UUUUAAAUACUGCCGGGUUUGACUCAUCUGUCAGUGUCCUGCUGAGUGCCAGAGACUGCUCGUUGCUGUACUUACACUGGAAGAGGAAAAACUUGGCAAGAUGGCAGAAGAAAAUAAACCCUCUAUUUUUGGUGGUGUGGAUUUCCACAGCGUCGACAACAACAAGGAACACCACACCGAUGAAGUCUCGCAGGAGCGGCUGGUUGUGAGGCGUGGCCAAAACUUCAAAAUGACCCUGACUCUGAUGCAAUCUUUUAACCCGGAACUUCAGCAGCUCGUCCUCACUGCAAAGACCGGAGACCAACAUGCCUCAGAGGACAGGGGGACGUUGUCUCGCUUCGGCUAUCCAGACAGCAUCAGACGUUCAUCAUCAGCUAAGGCGAUGUGGAAGGUAGAGCCUCUGACAGGCUUCAGUCUUCCAAGCAACACAGUCGCUCUGUCCGUAACUCCCCCAGCCGAUGCCCCUGUGGGGGAGUACGAACUGUUUGGGAAACUUCAGGAGGAGGAAAAGUCACUGGGAAAGCUGGUGGUGCUCUUCAACCCCUGGUGCUCCGAGGAUUCUGUGUAUCUGUUUGAUGACCGGACGAGACAGGAGUACGUCCUGAAUGAACAUGGAAUCAUUUUCAGAGGAAGCGCAAACUACAUUUUUCCUGGAGAAUGGGACUAUGGGCAGUUUGAGGAGAACAUGGUGGACAUUUGUUUAAAGAUUUUGGACCGCAAUCACAAACAUGAUGAGGACCCAGCUGAUGAUGUCGCUUCUCGCUCUGACCCCAUCUACGUCAGUCGUGUGAUCAGCGCCAUGGUCAACUCUGAGGAUGACUCUGGCGUCUUGGAGGGACGCUGGGAAUCUCCGUAUACAGGUGGGAGAAGACCCACUCACUGGAGUGGCAGCUAUCCAAUCCUUAAACAGUGGUACCAAAGUGGCUGCAAACCAGUCAAGUAUGGACAGUGCUGGGUGUUCGCCGGAGUCAUGUGCUCAGUGAUGCGUCUGCUGGGCAUCCCCUGCCGCGUGGUCAGUAACUUCGACUCAGCUCAUGAUGUCGACAUGAAUCUGAUCAUCGACACUUACAUAGACUACUACGGAGUCAAUGAGGACUAUACCGAGGACAGUAUUUGGAACUUCCAUGUCUGGACGGAGGGGUGGAUGAAGCGACCAGACCUGGGAAGCGAUGGGGAAUACGACGGCUGGCAAGUUGUGGAUCCGACGCCACAGGAGUUGAGCGAUGGUGUGUUCUGCUGUGGCCCAGCCUCAGUCAAAGGCAUCCUAAAUGGACAAACAGGGUUUAAAUAUGAUGCUCCAUUUAUCUUUGCUGAGGUCAAUGCUGACUGCGUUUACUAUAUGAUCACAGAGAGUGGUGAAAUGUUGAAAGUCGACUCUGACACCAAGAGAGUCGGGAAGUACAUCUCCACCAAGGCUGUUGGUUCCAGGGAGAGGGAGGACAUCACCAACACCUACAAGCAUGCCGAAGGAACAUACAUGGAGAGGCUGUUCUUUUUCUAUGCCACCACCAGAGACUAUUCCAAACUUGAUGACGAAUUUGAUGAAGACCUAGACGAGGACGAUGAGGAUGAAGGAAGCCAUGGGGGAGCUGGAAGUGGAGGAACUGAUGGGGGAACUGCAAGUGGAGGAACUGAUGGGGGAGCUGGAAGUGGAGUAACUGAUGGGGGAGCUGGAAGUGGAGUAACUGAUGGGGGAACUGCAAGUGGAGGAACUGAUGGGGGAGCUGGAAGUGGAGGAACUGAUUGGGGAGCUGGAAGUGGAGGAACUGAUUGGGGAGCUGGAAGUGGAGGAACUGAUGGGGGAACUGGAAGUGGAGGAACUGAUGGGGGAGAUGGAAAUGGAGGGAUGGAAGGGGAAACCAUCUCACAACCUCCAUCACCAGUGACUAUUCGAUUUAAAGAGGUGUCCAGGCUGAUCAAUGGUAAGGAUGUGAACCUGAACCUGGUGCUGAAGAGUAAGGACAGCGACGCCAGGCCAUUGUCCAUCCACAUCUCCGUCCAGGCCAUGAACUACAAUGGCAGACCAACUGGGAAAAUCCUUGCCGAGGACAAGGAGGAGACGCUGCUGCCUGGGAAAGCUCUGUCUGUCCCCAUCCUGGUCCCGUUCUUGACCUACCAUAAACCCAUGGUGGAGAGUGAGAGCAUGAAGAUUUCAGUCGUGAUCACAGACAAAAAUAACGGAGACCACAAAUACCUGGCUACGCAUGACGUUGUGCUGCUGAACCCUCAACUCUCCGUCACUGCUCCUGCUCAGGCCAGCCUGAAUACACUGAACAGUGGGGAAGUGGUUUUCAUGAACCCCGUCAAUGAAAUUCUGACAAGCUGCACUCUGACACUCUCCGGUGGCGGCCUGAUCAAAGAGGAGGUUGAUGUCCAGAUUCCAGAUCUGAAGCCGAAAAACAGGCUGCGUGUCAAAUUCUACUUUGUUCCCUACAAGAAAGGAGAGAAGACUCUCACUGCCGACUUUGACUGCGACACCUUCAGGGACAUCAAGGCCAUCUGCACUGUCAACGUCUUCUAAUAAAUUCUCAGAAUUGCAGUUAUGUGCUCAGAAAUGAAAAGCUAGAUGCAAUUAUUGUGUUUCUUCACAGUUAUUUACAUGCAAUGAUAUUUUUGUUGGCUUUAGAGAUCUGUUGGUUUUAGAGGCUGUUGCAAGAUUUGAGAUAUCAUUUAGGGUUUGAAUAGGUUCCUGACAUACAUUAGUGCUGGUGGUAUACUUGAAAAAACACAAAGAAAACAGCUAACCAAACGCCCACCAACUAUAAACUUACAGCAGUGCAUCAGUAUUUACUGCUACUGUCUAUGUACUUCAUUUAUGAGGCUUUUUUUCUUUUUUUUUCUUUUUUUUUUUUUUUUUUACUGUUUUCUGGUUUCCGAGAAGGCUGUAAAACUACUGCUGCCUACACUUCACUCCUGACGGUUUAGGAUUUGAGCUUGCAUUUAUUUUUAAUGAAGGAAAUUCAAAAACUCACUCAAAUCUCAAUAAAAGUUAUGGUGCUUUCAUGGUUAA